UGAAUCCGACUUAAUCCAAAAAUCGUAAACCGCCACUAAACCGGAAAAGGAAAUAGUUUUCGAUGGAGUCACCAGCAGCAGCAACAGCGAAGCCGGCGAGAGGAGCAGGAGGAAGGAAAGGAGGAGAUCGCAAGAAGAGCGUCACCAAAUCCGUCAAAGCUGGUCUCCAGUUUCCCGUCGGCCGUAUCUCUCGUUACCUGAAGAAAGGCCGUUACGCCGUCAGGUACGGCGCCGGUGCUCCCGUUUACCUCGCCGCCGUUCUCGAGUACCUCGCCGCCGAGGUUUUGGAGCUGGCGGGGAACGCGGCGAGGGAUAACAAGAAGAACAGGAUAAACCCUAGGCAUCUUUGCUUGGCGAUAAGGAACGAUGAGGAGCUGGGGAAGCUUCUUCAUGGAGUCACGAUCUCAAGCGGAGGUGUUCUUCCUAACAUUAACCCGGUUCUGCUUCCCAAGAGAGCUGCUGGUUCUGAGAAAGCUGAGAAGCCUGAGAAAGCUGCUAAAUCUCCCAAGAAGGCUUGAAAUAUCGAUCUAGAAGAAGAACAUCUUGUUUUUUUUUUUGGGUUUAGGGAUUAUGUAGGUUGUCUUUUGUAUGUUUAUCAAUGAAUCCAAUGGAAGAUUAUGUUGGAAGCUAUUUUGUAAUGAAAGAAGUAACUUCUCGGUAACUUCUCAGUUUCAGUCUAAUGAAAUCUAUUAGAUAAAUUUCUUUCGAGC